AUGCCUGUAAGCACCAUUCAUGAGGCAGCAACAGGAGCUUUUGAGGCACUAUUCAUUGCUUGGGCUGGAAACGACUUGAAUCACCCCCUGGUUGCUACGCGUGCUGCGAAUUUUCGAGGUAGCUCGAACAAAAACAAACACCCGGAUUCAGGGUGGCGCCCUGCAUAUUCUGCAGGUGGUAGAGCAACGGACUGGCCGACUAUAGCCGUCGAAGUCGCCUGGGCCGAGAGAAGAGUGCAGGUGGAGGAGGAUGUGAAGUUCUGGUUGACUGAAUCCAAUGAUCAAGUCAAUGUUGCCGUUACAGUAACCGUUCACAGAAGGGGCAAAAUAUCUGUUGAGGAAUGGAGAUCAAGAGGCCAAAAUCGAGCUCCUGUCCCUCGCCAAAAGAUUGAAAUUGUCCGUCAUCCUGCCCCAAAAUGCUCGAGAGUUUCAGGGAGCUUUCGAGUACCCUACGAAAAAAUAUACACCCGGAAAAAGCCAAAGAACGGAUCAGAUUUUGUGCUGGGCCCUCAGGAGAUGGAAUCUAUAGCAUUCAGGGUGUGGGAUACGCAGUUUAAGGGCCGUCCCUAG